GUCAACCCCGCAGACACAGUAAUGGACUUGAAACACUGGCCGACGCACCUGAGACUUGCUUCUAUACCGCGUUCCCUCUUUCGCCCGCUCCUCCUCCCCCCGUUUCCACCAAUCAGGUGAACCCAGCUGACACAGUAAUGGACUUGAAGCAGUUUCUGGCCGACGCGCCCGAGACGUGCUUCUAUACCGCGUACGACCUUAUCCUCACCAAGCCGGACGGGCUGCGUUACCACCUCAUGGAUUACGUGGAGAUUGGUGAGGUUGCUGACGUGGCGGCCGGCGGGUGCCUGCUGGAGAUGUUCAACACGUUCUACGACGACCGCGCCGUGCGGCUGCACGUGCGUAAAACGAGGGAGCUUAUAUCGAUGGCGGGUUCGUACUCUAGCGCGUCUACGGCCAUGGCGGCGGAAUAUGAGCUAGUUAAGGGGCUGGCUACUGAACGCGAGCUUGGGGGGGAUGAGAAGGAGGAGGGGGAGGGGAAGGACGGCGAGGGGGAGAAGGGGGAGAAAGACGGGGAGAAAGACGAGGAGGGCGGGGAGUGGAAGAAGAGCGGGAAGGGGAAGAAGGGGAAGGGGCGGCGGAGCAAGGAGGAGGAGGCGAAGGAGAAGGAGCGGCGGGAGAAGGAGAAGGAGCGGGAGCGCAAGGCGAAGCUUCCGAGCAGCAAGGCGCGCAUGGAGGAGAUCGCGUCGCUGGAGCAGGGCGUGGGGCUGGGCGAUGAUCCCAAGGGCGUGCUCGCGAAAGUCAUGGUGAAGGGCGGCGCUGACGAGGAGGCCGCGCCCGUGUGUGUGGAGAGCAUCGCCUUCUCUUCUUUCAACCCUGGGCGAGGACGGAUGGAUGGAGAGGAGAUGGCGUGGCUGGAGCAGGGCGUGGGGCUGGGCGAUGAUCCCAAGGGCGUGCUCGCCAAGGUGAUGGUGAAGGGCGGCGCUGACGAGGACGCCGCGCCCGUGUGCGUUGAGAGCAUCGCCUUCUCCUCCUUCAACCCUGUUCCGGGGCCCAGGAGGCUCCAAGGCGACCUGGUCUACCUGGAGGUGGUGACAGCGGAGGAAAGCUCUUGCGUGACGGCGCACACAAGGGGCUCUUCUCAAUCCACACAUCUCUUUCCCCUCUCCACCGGUCUCAACCGUUUCCCAUCUUUCAGGCUGCAAGGCGACCUGGUCUACCUGGAGGUGGUGACAGCGGAGGGAAAGCUCUUGCGUGACGGCGCACACAAGGGGCUCUUCUCAAUCCACACAUCUCUUUCCCCUCUCCACCGGUCUCAACCGUUUCCCAUCUUUCAGGCUGCAAGGCGACCUGGUCUACCUGGAGGUGGUGACAGCGGAGGGAAAGCUCUUGGGGGCAAGGCGACCUGGCUGCAAGGCGAUCUGGUGUAUCUGGAGGUGGUGACAGCGGAGGGAAAGCUCUUCUGUGUGACGGCGCACACGAGGGGCUUCUUUGUCAACCGCAGUGGCAGUCCCAGUGGCACACGUCUCAUAUCCCUUUCCACCACUUUCAACCGUUUCCCAUCCCCCUGCAGGCUCCAAGGCGAUCUCGUAUAUCUGGAGGUGGUGACAGUGGAAGGAAAGCUCUUCUGUGUGACGGCGCACACGAGGGGCUUCUUUGUCAACCGCAGUGGCAGUCCCAGCGAUCUGGUGUAUCUGGAGGUGGUGACAGCGGAGGGAAAGCUCUUCUGCGUGACGGCGCACACGAGGGGCUUCUUUGUCAACCGCAGUGGCAGCGGCCGCAAGCUGGACCCGCGCCCUGCUGAGCCCAAGAUGGACGCGUCCACUCUCAUCGGGCUGCUGCGCCAGAUCAGCCCGCUCUUCUCCAAAGCCUUUGCGGAGGUGAUCGAGGGCAAGGCCAACCGCCACCCCUUCAAAACUCUCCAUCUGCUCUCCCCUCCCUCCCUUCACCCUUCCUUCAUCAGCCUUUGCGGAGCCUUUGCGGAGGUGAUCGAGCGCAAGGCCAACCGCCACCCGUUUGAGAACAUGCUGGCACCGCUGCCGCCCAACGACUGGGCGGCAAAGCCCAUCUGGGGCGGCGCGGACGGCACGGGGCCGCUACAGUAUACGCGUGACGUGGCACGAUCCGAAGACGCUCUAAUGGCCCCCUUCGGUAUCGAUUUCAGUGGCGUUCUGAGGGACUGGAACGAGGAGCUGCAGAGCUGCCGCGAGUUACCGCGUAACUCGUUACAAGACCGGAUUCUGCGCGACCGGGCCUUAUAUCGAGUCAGCUGCGAGUUUGCUGAUUCGGCGGUUCGCGGCGCGAAGGCCGUGAUUGGCCGGUCGAUCCCGCCGAUCAACCCGCAUGACGCGGAUCGGUUCCAUAUGUAUGUGCAUAAUAAUAUCUUCUUUUCCCUGGCUGUUGAUGGGGAUUUUGCGGCGCUGCAGCAGAUUAGAGAGGCGGAGCUGAAGCAGCAGGCGGAGGCGGAGGCUGCUAAGAAGGGGGAGGGGGAGGGUGGGGAGAAGAAGGAAGGGGGAGAGGAGGGGGGUAAGGAUGAGGAGAAAAAGGAGGGGGAGAAGGAAGAGGAGAAGAAGGUGGAAACGAAGGAGGAGAAGAAGGAGAAGAGGGACAAGAAGAAGAAGGAGAAGAAGGAUAAGAAGGAGAAGGAGAAGAAAGAGCAGGAGGCGGCAGAGGAGAAAAAGGCGGAGGAGGCAAAGGCAGAGGAGGCAGAUAAGAAGGAAGGGGAGAAUAAGGAAGGAGAGAAGGAAGGAGAGGAGGGGGAGAAGAAGGAAGGCGAGGAUGCAGCAGCAGCAGCAGCAGCAGCGGCAGUGACGGAGGCAGAGCAGGCAACGUAUGCAUCGUCCAACAACGACCUCAAGGGCACCAUGGCUGUCAACAAUGCGGACAUCCCCGGGCUAUACUCGCUGGCUAUGGCGAUCGUGGACUACCGCGGGCACCGAGUCAUCGCUCAGGGCACCAUGGCUGUGAACAACGCCGACAUCCCCGGGCUCUACUCGCUGGCCAUGGCCAUUGUGGACUACCGCGGGCACCGAGUCAUCGCUCAGAGCAUCAUCCCGGGCAUUCUCUACGGCGACCGCACGACUCAGAUGCUGUACGGGUCGGUGGACACAGGCAAGACCAUCAAGUGGAGCGACUCGUUCCACCCCAAGAUGCUGUACGGGUCGGUGGACACGGGCAAGACCAUCAAGUGGAGCGACUUGUUCCACCCCAAGGUGGCGGAGCUGGGCAAGGCGCUGCACCUGAAGGAGCACAAGGUGACGGACGGGGAGGGCAAGCCCCUCUGUCUCACGUCCUCUUGUUCUCUUCCUUGUCUCACCUGCUCCUGCCCCCUGUGCCUCGCUUCUCGCUUCUUUCACCCCCAGGUGGCUGAGCUGGGUAAGGCGCUGCACCUGAAGCAGCACAAGGUGACGGACGGAGAGGGCAAGGAGGCGACUCUGUGCUCGCCUGUGGAGACCAAGGGCAUUCUGGGCAGCGAUGACAGGUGCGUGUGGGAAAAGAUGUUGACAGGGGGUGAGGGAAUGUGGAUUAGACCCACGAGUCCUGGGCGGACGGGGAGGGCAAGGAGGCCACUCUGUGCUCGCCUGUGGAGACGAAGGGCAUUCUGGGCAGCGAUGACAGGUGCGUGGUGGAGAGUGGUGGGGAGGGGUGAUGGGUUUUGGGGAGGGAUUGACGAGAAGGUGAGGUUUGUGGGGGCAGGGGAGUGCUGGUCUGACUGUAUGGCUGAGGGCAAGGAGGCGACUCUGUGCUCGCCUGUGGAGACCAAGGGCAUUCUGGGCAGCGAUGACAGGAAAUACCUGUUGGAUCUGAUCCGCCUCACUCCCCGCGACGCCAAUUUCACCGCCACCACCACCAGCACCACCACCACUGCCACCGGUAGCGACGGCACUGAUACCAACACCACUGCCAACGCUGCCAACGCUGCCAAUGCUGCUAACCGCCUGGCGAUUCUCCGUCCUGAGCUGGUGGAGAAGUUCUGCCGGGAGGAGCAGGUGGAGCGGUGGAUGGCUCAGAAGGGCGUGAGCGAGCGGCCGAGUGCAGAGGAGGUGGAGGCAUUAAAGGAGAAGGGAGAGCUGCCUGACGUGCUGUUCAACCCGAAUGCGCUGACAGAAUUCAAGCUGGCCGAUGAUUCCAAGGAGGUGGAGGCGCUGAGGGAGAAGGGCGAGCUGCCUGACGUGCUGUUCAACCCGAACGCGCUGACAGAAUUCAAGCUGGCGGAUGAUUCCAAGGUGUUGAUUGCAGAGGAGGUGGAGGCGCUGAGGGAGAAGGGCGAGCUUCCUGACGUGCUGUUUAACCCGAAUGCGCUGACAGAAUUUAAGCUGGCCGAUGAUCACAAGGAGGUGGAGGAGGAUGAAGCAGUAGUGCGCAAGGCGGGCAAAUACCUGAUCGAUACAGCACUGCCAGCACUGGUGGCGGAUAUCAAGAGCUCUGAGGGGUGGCCCGUGGACGGCCGCUCGCUUGCCAGCACCAUGCACGCACAUGGCGUCAACCUGCGCUACCUGGGCCGGGUGGCGAAGGAGGUGGCUGACGUGGAGCAGGUGUAUUGGCUGUGCGUGGCGGAGAUGGUAGUACGGGCCACCAAGCACGUGCUCAAGGCUGUGCUGCACGAGACGCUCGAGCAGGACGUGGCGAAGGAGGUGGCUGACGUGGAGCAGGUGUACUGGCUGUGCGUGGCGGAGAUGGUGGUGAGGGCCACCAAGCACGUGCUCAAGGCUGUGCUGCGCGAGACGCUCGAGCAGGACGUGGCCGGCGCCAUCGCACACUUCCUCAACUGCUUCCUCGGCACCUCCACCACCACGCCGCCGCCCACGCUCCCCGGCGUCGGGGAUACGGACAAAACUGAGGGCGGCGCGGCGGGCGGCGGGGGGAAGAAGAAGAAGAAGGGGAAGGGGGGAGAGAAGAAGGAUGGGGAGGAGAGGAAGGAGGAGGGGGAAGAGAAGAAGGAGGCGUUUCUGUUUGUGGUGGAUGUGCCGGGGUAUACUCGUAUCACGGCGGAUAUGGUGUGGUCUGAUAUCACUGAAGGCGUCAAGUACAAGUAUCAGUUCGAAAUCCCUUCUGAGACGCGCAAGAUGGUUCGCAGCCUCGCCACCCUCCGCAACAUCUGCCUCAAGAUGGGCAUCGUCCUGGCAGCCAGGGAUUACAACCUGGAGUGUGACGUGCCGAUCGCCAUAGCAGAUGUGUGCGACCUGCUGCCCCAAGUCAAGUUCGCUUCUCCCGCCUGCAGCGACGCGCAGAAGCUGCUGGAGAAGGGCAAGAGCCUCGUGCACAAGGUCGGCUUGCCUCUGCGCCCGCGCUUCUCCGCCACGCCUCAGAGCGGGCAGUGGCUGCGGGAGCACGAGACAACCCUCAACUCGGCGUUUGAGAUCCUCAGCGAGGCCUACCAGAUCCUGCAGCAGGUGUGCGGGCCACUUCAUCUGGACGUUGCAGCAUGCUGCAGGUACCUGGCUCUGAUCUUCUACCACGCAGGAGAGACAGGCAAUGCCAUUCUGCAGCAGCACCGCGAGCUGAUUAUCAACGAGCGGGUUGUGGGGACGGACCACCCCGACACCGUGCACAGCUACGGCAACAUGGCUCUCUACUUCCACGCCAUGGGCGAGUCUGAGCUUGCCCUGCGUCACUUCAAGCGCACCCUGCAGCUGCUCUCGCUCUCAGCUGGCAACGACCACCCGGAGGUGGCCUCGCUGUUCGUCAACAUCGCUCUCACCUACCAGGACAUGGGCAAGUUGCAGAACGCAAUGAAGUACCUGCAGGAGGCGGUGCGAGUGAGUGAGAAGCUGCUGGGGGAGAAUCACGUGCAGGUGGCCGUGUGUCACCACGCUCUCGCCCUCGCCUUCUCGUCUAUGGGGGCGUUCAAGCUCGCUCUACAGGAGGAGCGCAAGGCACAGGCGGUGUUUGAGAAGGCGGUGGGGAAGGAGGACCCGCGCACCAAGGAGUCAGAGCAGUGGGUGCAGUCGUUCCUCGACCGCGAGCUCAGGGCGCAAAAGCAGAAGGUGGGGCAAUCAUCAGCAACAGUCCAGCAGCAACAAGCAGCAGCUCUCCGUGUGGCCGAAGCUCUCAAGCAACGGCCGGAGCUGCUUCAGGUGUUGCAGGCAGCAGCAGCGCCCGGAGCAGGAGGCUCCACCUCGUACCAGCGUGCCGUGGCUGACGCUCUGCUUCGGGGAGAGGUCCCCCCACCUGCUCCCGGAGCUGGUGCAGGCAGGUUCGGCGGAGGCAUGGGAGCUACAGGCUCCUCAGGCACUGGCAUUCGAGCCAGAGGUGUGGACGAGCGGGCUUCCAGGGCUGCUGCAGAGGCUCGGCGGAAAGCAGCGGCUCGGGGGGUGAACCUGCGAGGAGCUGCAGGUUCGGCAGGUGCCCGAGCCGGUGCACCCAGUGCAAUGGACAUGGAAGAACUGAUUAAUUUCAUCAAUAGCACGUCACCAGCUUCUGGUGCGGCUAGCUCUUCCGCUAGCAAGACAGGCUCGGCAGCUGCUCCGGCAGCUGGCUCGGCAGGUGGUUCGGCAGCGCCUGCUGGGCUUGGCGGUGUGGGCCUUGGUGUUGGUGUUGGUGCUGUCUCAGGAGCUCCGCCUCCCACGAAAGCUGGAGGAAAGAAAGGUGCGGGAGCAGCAGCGGCAGCAAGCAAGCCUGCAGCUACGGCAAAUGGAGAAGCAAGUCAAGGGGAUGCUCCUCUGGGUCUGGGGGGGGGGCUUGCUCCCUUGCCUGGUGGCAAGGAGACCCUUUUUCCCGCCAAGACCGAGGCCGGUAUCCAGGUCGGCAACGCCUGCUGGGAGCUCUACUGCCUGGAGCAUGGCAUCCAGCCUGAUGGCCAGCUUAUGACCGGCGAGAAGACCUGCGGAGGAGGCGACGACGCCUUCAACACCUUCUUCAGCGAGACUGGCGCUGGCAAGCACGUCCCUCGUGCUGUGUUCCUCGAUCUGGAGCCGACUGUGAUUGACGAGGUCAGGACCGGUGCCUACAGGCAGCUGUUCCACCCCGAGCAGCUCAUCUCCGGCAAGGAGGAUGCUGCCAACAACUUCGCCCGUGGUCACUACACCAUUGGCAAGGAGAUCGUUGACCUCUGCCUUGACCGCAUCCGCAAGCUUGCCGACAACUGCACUGGUCUCCAGGGCUUCCUGGUCUUCAACGCCGUCGGCGGUGGUACCGGCUCCGGUCUCGGUUCCCUCCUCCUGGAGCGUCUGUCCGUGGACUACGGCAAGAAGUCCAAGCUCGGCUUCACGGUCUACCCGUCUCCUCAGGUGUCGACCUCCGUGGUUGAGCCGUACAACUCCGUGCUCUCCACCCACUCGCUCCUGGAGCACACCGAUGUCGCUGUUCUCCUCGACAACGAGGCCAUCUACGACAUCUGCCGCCGCUCCCUGGACAUCGAGCGUCCCACCUACACGAACCUGAACCGUCUCGUGUCUCAGGUCAUUUCCUCCCUGACUGCCUCCCUCCGCUUCGACGGCGCUCUGAACGUCGACGUGACCGAGUUCCAGACCAACCUGGUGCCCUACCCUCGCAUCCACUUCAUGUUGUCCUCCUACGCUCCGGUCAUCUCCGCCGAGAAGGCUUACCACGAGCAGCUGUCCGUGGCUGAGAUCACCAACAGCGCGUUCGAGCCUUCCAGCAUGAUGGCCAAGUGCGAUCCUCGCCACGGCAAGUACAUGGCCUGCUGCCUGAUGUUCCGUGGUGACGUCGUCCCCAAGGAUGUCAACGCCGCCGUUGCUACCAUCAAGACCAAGAGGACCAUCCAGUUCGUCGACUGGUGCCCAACUGGGUUCAAGUGCGGUAUCAACUACCAGCCUCCCACCGUGGUGCCUGGUGGCGAUCUCGCCAAGGUGCAGCGUGCCGUGUGCAUGAUCUCCAACUCCACCUCCGUGGCGGAGGUCUUCAGCCGGAUUGACCACAAGUUCGACCUCAUGUACGCGAAGCGUGCAUUCGUUCACUGGUAUGUCGGCGAGGGCAUGGAGGAGGGCGAGUUCUCGGAGGCCCGUGAGGACCUGGCUGCGCUGGAGAAGGAUUACGAGGAAGUCGGGGCUGACUCCACCGAGCCUGGUGAUGAUGAGAACGAGGAGUACUAG